GAACCGCUCGCCUGUUGGAGCAGAGCAGCGCAGCGCAGCGCGGAUUAUGGUACCGCCGAGCCCGACAGACACCGAGUGGGACUGAACUGCUCAGUUUCUCAGGAGGAAUCCUCCGGAACCAGCAGAACCUUCCGGUCCGCGACCCAAACACCGAGAUCUAAAUGCCAAGCAGAGCCGCCCAGUGAUGGAGAGCAAGGCUUUACUUCGCUGUAAGAUCGUGGUGGUCGGGGACGCGCGGUGCGGGAAGACGGCUCUCCUUCACGUUUUCGCCAAAGACUCGUAUCCAGAGAACUACGUUCCCACCGUGUUUGAGAACUACACAGCCAGUUUUGAAAUCGACAAGCAGAGGAUUGAGCUGAACAUGUGGGACACUUCAGGUUCGGCUUACUACGACAACGUUCGGCCGUUGGCGUAUCCCGACUCGGACGCUGUGCUCAUCUGCUUUGACAUCAGCCGUCCGGAAACCUUGGACAGCGUGGUGAAAAAGUGGCAAGGAGAGAGGCAGGAGUUCUGCCCGAACGCCAAAGUGGUUCUGGUCGGCUGCAAGCUGGACAUGAGGACGGACGUCAGCGUCAUGAGGGAGCUUUCCAAACACAGACUGAUUCCUGUUACCCACGAACAGGGGACCAAUCUGGCGCGGCAGAUUGGCGCUGUGGCUUACACCGAGUGCACCUCCAAGUUCUCCGAGAACAGCGUCCGCGACGUCUUCCACGUCACCACGCUGGCCUCCGUGUUCAACGUUCACCGGCCGCAGGUCAAACGCGCGGCGACGCGUCGCACCCACAAGCGGAUCUCGCAGCAGCCGCCUCGGACUGAGAUUCACGAACAUCCGCCCGCCAUCAGGAAGGACCGCGCGAAAAGCUGCGUGCUCAUGUAGCGGCGGACGGACGCGAGCUCCACUGCACAUAAACUUUUAUAAUUUAUCUGUGAAUUCCUGUCACAUUUUUUGCACUGUAACAAGAACAAUAUGGCAAAAAAGAAAAUGAAUGGAGCUCUGAGUUAUUUUCUUAUUUUUUGUGGUCAAUUUGCUGCAAAGCUCUGCUUGUUAUUUUUCUUUUUGGCUGCGCUAUCAUCCCGGGGAGGCCAGUCAUGUGGCUGAAGCUAUUUAUUUUUAAAGCUUUUAGAAGAAAUAAUAAUAAAAAAGGACAGGAACUGUUUGGUUCGAAAACAAAUCGCAGCAAAGUGAAUGGGGAAGAACUGAAGAUUAAAUAGUUUCGUAUUUUAAAUCCUGUUUUUGUCUUCAUGUUCCAGGAGAUGAAGCACAAAAGAGAAAUCUGAAGAAUGACGUUUUCUUUUAAACUGAAAUAAAACAAACCUAAAAACAACCUCAUGGGCUAAAAAAACACUAAUUUUCUUAAACCACAAGUGCUUUAAUAUGGAGAAAAAAUUGCUCAUUAUAUAACCUGAGAUGUACUUACUUUUGUUCUAAUUAUGGGUGGAGAAGUCCAGGCAGGAUUUAUGAGGAUGCAUAUGAUGUUGUUCAUGCAGCUUUGAAAUAAAAAACAAAACAAAACUGGA